AUCAAUAACUGACCGCAAUGGCUAAAUCAAAUGCAAUCUAACGCUCGUCAUAGUAAGAUAAACGACAAGAAGCCCUAGCUAUCAUGGAAUUAUUAUGACCUAACUCUCUCCUAUCCAUUUCCAAAUAGAAGAAUCCAUUACAAGUACACAAGUAUCUAACUAUAUAUCUUGUUAGUUCCGUAUUCAAUUGCUCCAUUCUUCUUCCGGUACUUUCCUUUUUUCUGUCCUGCAAUGCUCUUCCAUACAAAUUCUCUUCGUCUCCAAGCAAAAUGGAAAAUUAAAAAUCAACCCUUUAUACUCUCUUCUAUUACAACCAUCAAUCCUCUGUUUUAAUUUCAAGAUAUUCUGUUUCAGCCUAUACUUAAAGAAGCGACCAUGAUUCUUUCAAGUUCUGGCAUUCGCAGUCUGAUUCAAUCUUUCCGACUUGGUUUUAAUAUUCAAUCAAAGUUUGGAGCUUACUUUACAUUUCGAGCUGCAUCUUCUCUGCAACAAGCGUACCAACCAUCUACUUGCAGUGAUGACGAAUAUGCUGAUUUGGACUGGGAUAAUCUUGGAUUUGGUCUCUUAUCAACUGAUUUCAUGUAUAUAAUGAAAUCUUCUAAAGAGGGGAAUUUUGAACAAGGAAACCUUAGUCGUUAUGAAAACAUUCCAUUGAGCCCUUCUGCAGGAAUCUUAAAUUAUGGCCAGGGACUCUUCGAAGGAACAAAAGCAUAUAGAAAAGAAAAUGGAGGCCUUCUCUUAUUCCGCCCCGAUCUAAAUGCCAUUCGCAUGAAUAUUGGAGCUGAGAGAAUGUGCAUGCCUUCUCCUUCAAUUGAUCAAUUUGUUAAUGCUGUCAAACAAACUGCAAUUGCUAACAAGCGUUGGGUUCCUCCUCCAGGAAAAGGGACUUUGUAUAUUAGGCCAUUGCUUAUGGGGACUGGUCCCGUACUGGGUGUAGCACCUUCACCUGAAUACACAUUCCUUGUUUAUGCUUCGCCCGUUGGAAACUACUUUAAGGGAGGCUUUGCGCCUUUGAAUUUAUACGUUGACGAUGAAUACCACCGCGCUUCUCGCGGUGGAGCUGGAGGCGUUAAAGCGAUUAGCAACUAUGCUCCGGUUCUGAAAGCAAUUACAAGAGCGAAGAACAGAGGGUUUUCUGAUGUACUGUAUCUUGAUUCCGUUGAAAAGAAAUAUUUAGAGGAAGUCUCUUCUUGUAAUAUUUUCAUCGUCAAGGGUAAUGUUAUUUCAACUCCUGCAACAAAUGGUACUAUUCUUCCUGGGGUCACCCGUAAAAGCAUUAUAGAAAUUGCUCAAGAUCAAGGCUAUAAGGUCGAAGAACGUGUUAUUCCGGUGGAUGAACUAGUGAAUGCCGAUGAAGUAUUUUGCACAGGAACUGCUGUAGUGGUUGCUCCUGUUGGUAGUAUUACAUACCAAAAUAAAAGAAUUGAAUACAAAACGGGCGGCGGCUCUACGUCGCAAAAGCUGUACUCAACUCUUGUAGGAAUCCAGACAGCUGUGAUUGAAGAUAAGAAGGGUUGGACUGUUGAGAUAGAAUAGAGAUAGCUUGUUUCAUUUAAAUAUAAUUGAUCAUCAAUAUGUAGGAAAACAAAUAGGUUGCUUUGCUUCCCUUUCAGUCAAAAUUAUUAAUAAUAUUAUUAAUUUCAAUGAAAAUAAAUAGGUUAGGUUGUCAUUUUCUAUUCUA